AUGUCGUCAUGGAAAAAAUCAAGCAAAGUUGGACAAGUUCAACAUCGAGAACGAUCUCAACCUUCAGCACGUCAUCAUUUGGGCUUACUUGAAAAGAAAAAAGAUUAUAAAGAAAGAGCAAUUGAUUAUCAAACAAAAGGAAAUGUUAUACGUGAGCUUAAGAAAAAAGCUUUGGAUAAAAAUCCUGAAGAAUACUAUUUCAAUAUGAUCAAUACUAAACUAAAAGUAAAUACAUAUAUAGAGAUACAUAUAUACAGGAUUUCUCAAAAUUAUACGACAUCUCAUCAAAGAACCAAGAUGUAUAAUAGCAGAUAUUGUCCUACAGACCUUUUAAUUUUCAAGUAUUUUUUAUAAAACAAUGAAGUCCACUACGAUGAACAUUUCGACACUCUUUUACUCGUAUUUUAGAUAUAUCUUUGUUAUUAUAAUAUGUAGUAUGUUGCUUUGACUUUAUGCAGCACUUUUCAUUUAUGACAUGUUAGGUGACUUUUUUUGCAAUGGAAAUAUAUUGAGAUCCUGUUUCAAUGAUGAAUACAUUAAAUUCUAGUGAAUAGCUAUUGCAACCAAAAUCUAGUGAUUUUCUUGAUAAUUUGCUAAAGUAUCAGCUGAAAAUCUUAACAGACACUCGAGAUAUAGGCUAUUCUUCAACUACAUGAUUCAACAUAUGAAAUUCUCUUGGCAUGAUAUUUUGCACAUAUCUCAAUACUAAGAUGAUACCUGUUUGUGACUUUUCUAUCAUAGCUAGUCCUCAAUGAGAUCUUCAACAUGGUAUAAGAUAGUAGGGAACGAUAAGGUUGUCGAGCUAAUUAUUACAAGAUGCAUUGGUAUCAUAGGAUACAAAUACCUAUAGGGGCAGCUAGCUGCAAGCAAUGUGUCUAUUACCUUUCCAUAAGGUAACCUCGAUAUCCCCAGCUAUCUUAUACCAUUUUGAAGAUCUCAUUGAGGGCCAGCUAUGAUAAAAAAUUCACGAACACCUAUCAUCUUAGUCUUGAGAUAUGUUCCAAUUACUAUGGCAAGAGGAAUUCAUAUAUUGAACCAUCUGGUUGAGAAAUGGUCCAUAUCUCGAGCGUCUGUCAAAAUUUUCAGCUGAUACUUUAGCAAAUUAUCAAGAAAAUCACUAGAUCUCAGUUAUAAUAGCUAUUCGUUAGAAUUUAACAUAUUCAUAAUUGAUAUAGGAUCUCUAUACAUCUCCAUUGCAAAAAAAAGUCAUCUAACAUGUCAUAACUGAACACUGCUGUAUAAAAUGAAAGCAAAAUACUGCAUAUUAUAAUAACAAAAAAAAUAUCUAAAAUACAAGUACAAGAUUGUCAAAAUGUUCAUCGUAGUGAACUUCAUCGUUUUAUAAGAGUUACUUGAAAAUUAAACAUCUGUAGGCCGUACAUCUGCUCUUAUAUACUUUGGUCCUUUGAUAAGUGUCCUAUUGGCGUGUGAUGGAAAAGGAACGGCAUAUAUGUCGAUCCUUAUAUUUCUUCAUACAUAUAGUUCCCGAAAGAAAAUUUUUUUUUCAAUAAUUGGUUCGUAAUUUUCUUCUCUGUCGGGCUGUAUAUAAUGUAUUUUCAUCAAAUAUUCAUAAAUAGAGUGACUUAAGAAGAAAGAGAGGUACCCUCAAAAAUGACUCCGCAUUUUUCAUACAUUUCAAAAUAACAGCACAAAAUAUCAAUCACUAUAUCUCUUUUUU